UCACCUAAUCCUCAACCCCUCUCUCUCUCUCUCUCUCUCUCUGCAAAGGCUAAAACCCCUCUCUUCUCUUCUGACUCUUAUCUUCUUCAACCCCAACCCUCCUCCUCCUUCGCCCCUCCCGCAAACCCUAACUUUAGCCUCAGGAUAAUACACACACAAUUCCCCCCCUUCUAUACGUACACAUACUUUAAUAUUGACAUCGCUUUCAUUUUUAGGGUUGUAAGGGUUUGAGUUCGAUAAUACAAAGGCAAAUGGCGGCGUCUACAGCUCAGAUUCACGCUUUCGGUGGGAAACCAUCCUUCGCUUCCUCUUCAUCUUCGAGUCGAAGAGGAGGUGUCGUGUUCUUCACCCAGCGACUGAGCACUGCUAAUUCGUCGUCGUUCCGCUUUCCGAAACUAAGGACGAGCAGCAGCGGAAGCAGGAGAGGAGGUGGUGUGGGACCAGUGAGGGUGGUGGCAGAGAAGGUGGUGGGAAUCGACCUUGGCACGACCAACUCUGCCGUGGCGGUGAUGGAGGGUGGGAAGCCGGUGAUAGCGACAAAUUCUGAGGGGCAGAGGACAACGCCGUCAGUGGUGGCUUGGACGAAGAUCGGGGAUUUGUUGGUGGGGCAGAUAGCGAAGCGGCAGGCGGUGGUGAAUUCGGAGAAUACUUUUUUCUCGGUGAAGAGGUUUAUUGGGCGGAAAAUGGCGGAGGUGGAUGAGGAGGCAAAGCAGGUGUCGUAUACAGUGGUGAGGGAUGAGAAUGGGAAUGUUAAGCUUGAGUGCCCUGCCAUGGGAAAGCAGUUUGCUGCAGAGGAAAUUUCGGCUCAGGUUUUGAGAAAACUUGUGGAUGAUGCAUCAAAAUUUUUGAAUGACAAAGUUACUAAAGCUGUUGUCACGGUGCCGGCUUACUUCAAUGAUUCCCAAAGGACUGCCACAAAGGAUGCUGGUCGUAUUGCUGGCUUAGAAGUCUUGCGAAUUAUCAAUGAACCUACUGCUGCUUCAUUGGCAUACGGUUUUGAAAAGAAGAACAAUGAAACUAUCCUGGUAUUUGACCUUGGAGGUGGUACCUUUGAUGUUUCAGUUCUUGAGGUUGGGGAUGGAGUGUUUGAGGUACUUUCAACUUCUGGUGAUACACAUCUAGGGGGUGAUGACUUCGAUAAGAGAAUUGUAGAUUGGCUUGCUGCUAGUUUUAAGAAAGAUGAAGGCAUAGAUUUGUUGAAGGACAAACAAGCUCUUCAAAGACUAACUGAGACAGCAGAGAAAGCAAAGAUGGAAUUAUCAUCCUUGACUCAAACAAGUAUUAGUUUGCCUUUCAUUACGGCCACUGCAGAUGGACCCAAGCACAUUGAAACCACUCUCACAAGGGCAAAGUUUGAAGAAUUAUGUUCGGAUCUGCUUGACAGGCUUAAAAGACCAGUUGAAACGUCUUUGAGGGAUGCAAAGCUGUCUUUCAGUGAUCUAGACGAAGUGAUCCUUGUUGGUGGGUCAACUCGUAUUCCAGCUGUUCAGGAACUUGUGAGAAGAGUGACUGGAAAGGAACCGAAUGUUACUGUAAAUCCCGAUGAAGUUGUUGCGCUUGGGGCCGCUGUUCAGGCUGGUGUUCUGGCAGGAGAUGUGAGUGACAUAGUCCUGCUGGACGUGAUUCCAUUAUCUUUGGGUCUGGAAACCCUAGGCGGUGUUAUGACAAAAAUUAUUCCGAGAAACACAACUUUGCCCACAUCAAAAUCAGAGGUGUUUUCGACAGCUGCUGAUGGGCAGUCAAGUGUGGAGAUUAAUGUUCUCCAAGGAGAGAGAGAGUUUGUUAGGGACAACAAAUCUCUUGGAAGCUUCCGCCUUGAUGGAAUCCCUCCUGCCCCCCGUGGAGUUCCUCAAAUUGAAGUCAAGUUUGACAUUGAUGCCAAUGGCAUCCUUUCUGUCGCUGCUGUUGAUAAAGGCACUGGAAAGAAGCAAGAUAUUACGAUUACUGGUGCUAGCACAUUGCCUGGUGAUGAGGUAGAGAGGAUGGUUAAAGAAGCGGAAAGAUUUGCCAAGGAAGACAAGGAGAAGCGAGAAGCCAUUGACACAAAGAACCAAGCAGAUUCGGUUGUGUACCAGACAGAGAAGCAGUUGAAGGAAUUGGGAGAAAAGGUUCCGGGUCCAGUGAAAGAGAAAGUCGAGGCCAAACUUAAAGACCUCAAGGAUGCAAUCUCAGGGGGCUCAACACAAGCCAUGAAGGAUACCAUGGCUGCCCUUAAUCAGGAAGUUAUGCAGCUUGGCCAAUCCCUCUAUAAUCAGCCUGGUGAUGGUGUGGCGGCAGAUGGUGGUGCUGGCCCUGCACCUGGUGGCAGCACUGGGCCUUCAGAAUCAUCCGGCAAAGGACCUGAUGGGGAUGUCAUUGAUGCAGAUUUUACUGAUAGCAAGUGAUGUGAGAGUACCAGAGAUUAAUAUCACCGGUCAGCUCAUUUCCCCCUCUGUUUUUGUUUUCUUAUUUAUAUAUGUGUAAGUAUUUGUUGGGGGAAGAUUGGAUGAGAUGCUGGUAGUUAAUUGUUCAGGAUUUACAGUUGGUUGAGGGAAAAAACUAGGAUAAUAGAGUUACUACUGAUAAUACACUGAAUUUCAGGAUUUUCAACCCCUUGAACUGCUGUUUGAAUUAUUUGUUAAGGAUGGGAGAUACUUGAGGAAUUUUCACGCA